AUGAAGUUAGUAAUACCUAAAAGAUUCAAUCACUUCAAAGCAUCAAUGGAAGCAUUAAGAAAGGAAACAAGCAUUAAGAUAGAACGAUUAGUUCUAGAAAUCCCACCAACAAAAACCAUCCCAGCCUCAUCGCCCUCAUCGUCAGAAGUUGAAAUACAUCACCCGGAAGAUAUUCCCACAAAACCAGAAGAUGACCAAGUCAGAUCAUUACUUCGACUGAUGGUAAAAGGAACCGAUCCCAAACAGAUCGAUAAUCCUAAUGUAGUUGCCUUAUAUGACAAUUGGAAUUUAAUUAGUAACCAAAAAUUACCAAUCAUCAAUCCAACAUCAAUCUCGCCAUAUAAGUUUCAUUCAACUCAUAAUAUGUCACGAUCAUAUAUCGAUAAUCCAAGAUUAUCAGUCACAAAAUUAUUGGUAUCUAAUUGGUGUGAGUUGCAAGAGAUCUAUUCUAUUUAUUCAGGGUCCCCCCGAGUGACAACCAAGGCAAUGGAAGCAGGUACUAAGACACAUUUGGAAUUGGAGACUCUGAUUCAUAAACUAGUCGAUUUGACUCUGCAUAUUGCCUACAUACAAGAGAAUUGUGAAGAGUUAUUAGAGCGAGACGACGCGGAGAGCUUUUGGGAUAGGAUAUCUAUGCUUUUGGAAAAUUCCAGAGAGGGUAAGUUGGGAGUUCUGUGGUCUGAUACUAUAAUCACUAGAUUGUUUACAUUGUUAACCAAAUCUGAAGCUAGAGAAAUAUUAUUACAUGGAUAUUUGAAUUUGGAUAAACGAGAAUUCAUUGAUAAUCUUGAAGAUUUACAAUGCGAAGGGGAUAUCACUUCAAAGGUAUUGAUAAGUGGUAUAGUUGAUCAUUUGAAAUUACAAAAUAUUGAAAACCCUGCCGAGACAAAUUUAUUUGACUUGAUUAAUGAUGUUAUUGAUUCUGAAUUAUCCGAAACUGAUGAAUCUGUAUUAUCAAGUAUUGAUUUAACCAAAUUCUUCAUAGACAUGAAAUCGACAUUGCCAGGAAACUCCGAUGGGUAUGAAUUGAUAAUGACAGAUGUUAAAACAAGAAAAACUGAUCUGAUACCGGGCGAUAUAUCUGUUCUUAAAGGUGCCAAAUUACAAACAUUCUAUUAUAGACAAUUGUUCGAGCUUUUGAGUCACGACGCGACAUUUGGUUAUUACAGCUUAAUUGAAAACGCCAAAAGAAGACAUCUUGAUGUUGAUGCACCAUUGGAUGUAUUAUCCGUAUUUAAGAUAUUGCGCCAGAGUCAUCCGAUUAUACUUAAAGAUUUUUUAAAGUUGGCAGAUGGAGAACCAAUCGGGUUUGCUCCUUAUGAUGAAUAUCAACAGGCACAUGAAGUUGAUGAAUAUGACUUUGGAUUAGUAUUCCAAGCACGCGAUGAAUUUCAACCACAUGCUCCAUAUAACUAUACUAACUUCGUGGAGAGAUUACAAGAAUUAGAUGACGAAGUUGACUACAAUAAAAUUCUCGUACCAUUAUUAAAAAUAUGGAAAACUCCACCAACCUUAAGAUACUUAGCUGCAAGAUCAAGUCAAUUCUUCAACUUAUUUCAUGAUUUAAUUGGUGAUAAAACUAAAAUCGAGUAUCGAAAUUCAAAAUCAGGGGAAAUCAUUAAAACAUUAGAAUACAAAUAUGAUCCAGUAUUGUUUAAACUUGAAGUAGCCAAUUCAUGUACAUUAUGGACUGGGAAACGUAAUCCAAAACCAGCGGAUUCGCUCCGAAAAUGUGAUUUUUGUGAAUAUAAAUCCCAUUGUAUGAUUCCAAAUGGUGGAAUAUCUUCCAGGGAUCAAAAACAUUUCACGGGAGCUAAAAUUUUAGAAUUUUUGAAUGAUAUGUAA